UCCCCGCCGGCUCGAGCCACCUGCCCCCUCCCGGCCGCUUCCCACUUCCAAGAUGGCCGCGGGUGGAGCCAGGCAGUUUCUCCGUGGACCAAGAUGACUGAUGGACACCCUCCCACCUCGACAAAUGGCGUAGCCUCGGUGGGUGUUCAGGAUGGCCAGCCCGGAAGCUCCCUUCGGAACCUGCGCCCUGGGACCCUUCAGGCGCCCGAGCCCAGGCCCAAGCUGAAACUUGGUGCUUUGGAAGACCGGCACAGCCUACAGUCGGUAGACUCGGGCAUCCCGACCCUGGAGAUCGGCAACCCGGAGCCUGUGCCCUGCAGAGUGGUUCCCGUGAGGAGGAAGCAGUCAGAGGCCGAGGUUGUGCCUGAGCGGCCCUUCCAGAGUGCCUGUCCACUGCCGUCCUGUGCGCCUCCAGCCGCUGCCAGCGCCGAGCGGGAGCAGAGCGUGCGCAAGUCCUCCACCUUCCCCAGGACGGGCUACGACUCGGUGAAGCUGUACAGCCCCACAGGCGGCCAGGCCCUGAGCCGCAGCGAUGACGUCUCCCUGUGCAGCGUGUCCAGCCUGGGCACAGAGCUGUCUGCCACAUUGUCACUUAGCAACGAGGACAUCCUGGACCUCGUGGUCACCAGCAGCUCCAGCGCCAUUGUGACCCUGGAGAAUGACGAUGACCCGCAGUUCACCAAUGUCACCUUGAGCUCCGUCAGGGAGUCCGCGGAUCCACUGCCCCAGGGCUGUGCCCAGGACACCGAGGAGGGGAGCAGGCUGAGGAUCCUGGGGCCGCUGAGCGACUUCUUCACAAGGAAUUUACUUGCUAGAAAACACAAUGCAAGACUUGACAAACACAGUGACUUGGGAUGGAAGUUAUUUGGAAAAGUACCGCUCCGAGAGAAUGCACAGAAAGAGUCAAAGAGAAUACAAAAGGAAUAUGAAGACAAGGCUGGAAGAGCUAGCCGGCCGCCCUCCCCCAAGCAGAAUGUGAGGAAGAACCUUGACUUCGAGCCACUGUCCACCACGGCGCUCAUCCUCGAGCACAGACCAGCAAACCUGCCCGCGAAGCCCGCCGACGAAGCGCAGAGGCACAGGCAGCAGUACGAGGAGAUGGUGCUGCAGGCCAAGAAGCGAGAGCUGAGAGACGCUCAGAGGAGAAAGAAGCAGCUGGAGGAAAGGUGCAGAGUGGAGGAGAGCAUCGGGAACGCCGUCCUCACCUGGAACAAUGAGAUCCUCCCCAACUGGGAGACCAUGUGGUGCUCUAGGAAGGUUCGAGAUCUGUGGUGGCAAGGAAUCCCUCCAAGCGUCCGAGGCAAAGUCUGGAGCUUAGCCAUUGGCAACGAGUUAAACAUCACCCAUGAGCUCUUCGACAUCUGCCUGGCCCGAGCCAAGGAGAGGUGGCGGUCGCUCAGCACAGGAGGCCCUGGCGCUGACAGUGAAGACGCCGGCUUUUCUGCAGCUGACAGGGAGGCCAGCCUGGAGCUCAUCAAGCUGGACAUCUCGCGGACAUUCCCCAGCCUCUGCAUCUUCCAGCAAGGCGGCCCGUAUCAUGACAUGUUGCACAGUAUUUUGGGCGCUUAUACUUGUUACCGACCGGAUGUGGGUUAUGUCCAGGGCAUGUCCUUCAUAGCAGCCGUGCUGAUCUUGAACCUAGACACGGCAGAUGCCUUCGUGGCCUUCUCAAACCUCUUGAACAAGCCCUGUCAGAUGGCGUUCUUCCGGGUGGACCAUGGCCUGAUGCUGUCCUACUUUGCCGCGUUCGAGGUGUUCUUUGAAGAAAAUUUGCCGAAAUUGUUUGCUCAUUUCAAGAAAAACAACCUGACCCCAGACAUCUACCUGAUCGACUGGAUCUUCACCCUGUACAGCAAGUCCCUGCCCCUGGACCUGGCCUGCCGCGUCUGGGACGUGUUCUGCCGGGACGGGGAGGAGUUCCUGUUCCGUACGGCCUUGGGCGUGCUCAGGCUGUUCCAGGAUGUCCUCACCAAGAUGGACUUCAUCCACAUGGCCCAGUUCCUGACCCGGCUGCCCGAGGACUUGCCCGCCGAGGAGCUCUUUGCGGCCGUUGCCACCGUGCAGAUGCAAAGUCGCAACAGGAAGUGGGCUCAGGUUCUGACAGCCCUGCAGAAGGACAGCCGGGACAUGGAGAAGGGCAGCCCGUCCCUCAGGCACUGAGGCUGCCAGAGCCAACCUCCACAUGGCACCUGUGCAGCUUCGUGCGGACACCUGGCGGCGGCAAACAGGGGUCCUUUGCAUUGCACUCCUAACAGGGAGUUGGCCUUAAAAACAAACAAAACCCUUAAU